UAUAUAUAUAUAUAUAUAUCUAUAACAGUCCUCGGUGGUCCGCAGGCUGCUGUAAUGAACUCCUCCACCGACCCUGAGCGGCGGCAGCAGCGCCCUCACUUCCGCGUUGUCUGUCACCGUAGAGCAGGAAGCGCCGUAGUGACGUUAAUCCUCCCGGUUGCUGUUUACCUGCAGGGUGAAGUCAAACAGCACGAGAAGCUACAUGGAGGCUAACUAACCCCCCCCGGACCGAGAGAGGAACUGCGGUACAUUAACGGCAGGAUGCCAGCCGGAGUUUGCGGCUGCUGUGGGCCGCUGAGGCCGAGGUACAAACGCCUGGUGGACAACAUCUUCCCCGAGGACCCCAAAGAUGGCCUCAGUAAAUCAGACAUGGAGAAGCUGACCUUUUACGCCGUGUCGGCUCCAGAGAAGCUGGACAGGAUUGGAGCUUACCUGGCCGAGAGGCUAAGCAGAGAUGUGGUACGACACCGCUACGGGUACGUGGUGAUAGCCAUGGAGGCUCUGGACCAGCUGCUGAUGGCCUGUCACUCUCAGAGCAUCAAACCCUUCGUGGAGAGUUUCCUGCACAUGGUGGCCAAGCUGCUGGAGUCCAGAGAACCAGACCUGCAGGUCCUGGGAACCAACUCGUUUGUGAAGUUUGCCAACAUCGAGGAGGACACACCGUCCUACCACCGCCGCUACGACUUUUUUGUCUCCCAGUUCAGCGCCAUGUGCCACUCCACACAUGAAGAUACCGAGACCAGAACCAGGAUCCGAGUGGCCGGGAUCAAAGGUCUGCAAGGUGUGGUGAGGAAGACGGUGAACGAUGAGCUUCAGGCCAUCAUCUGGGAGCCGCAGCACAUGGACAAACUGAUCCCGUCCAUGCUGUUCAACAUGCAGGACAGCGAAGACCUGGACAGGGCGGGGCACCCCAGCACGCCUUCAGUGGUGGGUCAGGAUGGCGAGGAGAACCCAGCGGCGCUGGCAGAGAGCUGCUUCAGAGAGCUGCUGGGCAGGGCGGCCUACGGCAACAUGAACAACGCUGUCCGACCCGUGUUGGUUCACCUGGACAAUCACAACCUGUGGGACCCCAAUGAGUUUGCAGUUUCCUGCUUCAGAAUCAUCAUGUACUCCAUCCAGGCUCAGCACUCCCACCACGUCAUCCAGCAGGUUCUGAACCACCUGGACACUCACAACAAGAACACACCGCGGGUCAGAGCUGGCAUCGUCCAGGUCCUCCUGGAGACAGUGGCCAUUGCUGCCAAAGGCUCAGUGGGUCCCACAGUGCUGGAGGUGUUUAACACUCUGCUCAAACACCUGAGGAUGAGCGUGGACUUCGAGCUGGGUGAGAGCUCGAGGAGAAACUCCAACAUCAGCGUUUCGUCCGGCCGCGGCAAAGAGAGUGAGGAGAGAAUCGUCCAGAACGCCAUCAUCCAGACAAUCGGCUUUUUCGGUGGAAACCUGCCAGACUAUCAGCGAGCUGAAGUAAUGAUGUUCAUCAUGGGCAAAGUGCCAGUGUACGGGACCCCCUGCCACACCUUGGACACCGUCAAGAUUGGGCAUCAGGGUACCAAGCGGAUCCAGACCAUGCUGCUCAGCUCUCUCAUCAUGGUAACCUCAGGCUUUAAGUCCAAGUCCAUGGCAGCGGCGUUGCCUCCUCCCUUCCUCGAGCCGCUCUUCUCCAUCUCCCUGAUGGAGGACAGCGAGCUGAGGCAGCUGGUGCUGGAAAUCCUGCACAACAUCAUUGACCGCCAUGACAACCGUGCCAAGCUACGUGGCAUCAGAAUCAUUCCUAAUGUUGCAGCAUUGAAGAUUAAAAGAGAGAAGAUUUCCAAGCAAGACGUCGCUUUUAUGAAGAAGCACGGCCAGCAGGUCUACCGUCACAUCUAUCUGGGCUCUAAAGAGGAAGAUAACGUCCACAAAAACUUUGAGCUGCUCUUCACAACCCUUGCCAUUCUCACCAUCGAGCUGGCCAACGAGGAAGUGGUCAUCGACCUCAUUCGGCUCGCCAUCGCUCUGCAGGACAUGGCUCUGGCUAAUGAGGAGAACAUGCCAAUGUUUAUUCGCUGUGGCAUCAUGGCGUUGGUGGCGGCGUACCUUAACUUCCUGAGCCAGAUGAUCGCAAACCCUCCCUUCUGUCAGCACGUCAGCAAGGUUAUUGAGCUGAGGAACUUGGAUGCUCCAUACCUCCUCCCAGAGCACAUCUUCAGAGACAAGUGUCCAAUCCCCGAAUGUCUGGACAAAGAGGACAGACUUCUGUACUUCCAGACAGCCGAUAUGGCAGAGUGUCUGGCAGGACCAGGAUACAACGCAGAGAGACUCUCCAUUCCCUACGUUCCCCAGGUCACAGAUGAAGAUCGUCUGACCAGGAGGAAGAGUUUUGUGGACACAAUCUCCCUUCAAGUGGACAUCAUGUCCAACAGCCUCCCGGACAAGUCGCAGCUGGCCGAGGAGAUCACGUUCGAGACCUUGAAGAAAGCCAUCGAUACCACCGGCCUGGAGGAGCAGGAGCGGGAGAAGAGGCGUCAGGUGAUGGAGAAGUUCCAGAAAGCUCCGUUUGAGGAGAUUGCUGCACACUGCGAGUCCAAGGCGAACAUGUUGCACGACCGGCUGGCACAAAUCUUUGAACUCACAAUUAGGCCUCCGCCCAGCCCCUCCGGAGUGGUUUCAAUCUCAGCGGGACACACUCAGCACCAGUCCGUCCCCGUCUACGAGAUGAAGUUUCCAGACCUGUGUGUCUACUGAUCACAUGCACAAAAAUAUCUGAAACACAAAAUGCAAAAUGCUGAGAAAGAACUACAAAAUCACAAUCUGCGCUCCAGUUGUCUCCAUUCAGACCAGCACAACGGAGUCAGGGAUGCGUUCACAAACACAAACUGCAGCCAUUUUCAGUUUCAUACCAAGAUUUAUCCUAAAAACUGAACUUCCUCACAUAAAGAAUAGUUUAUAGUUUAGUUUAGGACCCUUAAAAAGUGAAAAUGGUACUUCUGAAUCCAAAAGUGCCAUCUGUUUCUGCUCUCUCUUAAAUACUUUGAUCCUUAAUUGAGCUUAAAGCAGACGUGCAUUAAUCCCAGACGCUCUAAAUGAACUGAUUGGCUGCAGUUUGUUGCCUGACUCACAUCCCUGAAACUAAACAUGAGUCACCAAGAACAAAAAGCAGAUGAACAGUGUAUAGAUGCAGUUUUUGACGUUACUUCACAGCAUGACUCUGAUCCAGUCGAUCAUUUCUGGUCCAGCCAAAGCUUCAAACCUUGUACAUGCGCUGUAGUCUGAAACUCUCUUAAGAACGCCUAAAACCAGUUCCAGGAUUAACAUUUGAAGCUGGUUUCAGCUGUAAUGCUCCUCCUUCAGAGCCAGUUUCCGCCUCUUAACAACUAUCUGUUCUCCUGUUGAUCAGUAGGCGUCAGUGCCGUCACGCGUUAGUAGAAAAUAUAAAUAACUGAAUUAACUUCAGAAGGUGGUAGAUUAGUUUUAGGCUUGCUGCUGCACGGCUCAACCGGUUCAAUCGUUGAUGUUUUUUUAGGCGAAUGAGCAUCAGAAAUGACUUCGACAACCAGCUACGUUUCAUGUGGAGAAAUAAAAUGAGAGCAAUACUUCAAUUUUCAAAUAACUGGUUAUGAACUGCUCGUCAGCGACUCUCAAAAGCCAGAGAGUUUUGUUUUUCAAGCCUGUUGGGUAGAAGCGGCUCGCUCAUGGUUGGUGGUGAUUGUGGGUUCUGCUUCAGAUCUUGUUGUCGUUCAAGAGCUCUUUAAAAUGUCAGACUUGGAAAGCUGCAGUAACUUUGGUCCGAGUUCUUAUUCCUGACGUGUUUUUUAAGAGGUUUGUAAAAUUACAUUUUCAUGUUUGGUACAUGGUUCGAUUGUAAGGAAAGUUACAAAGGUAUGAGGACGAACACUUUCUAUUUGGCAAAAGGAAAUCUCACAGCAGUCGGUGUUUAUUUACCAGUUUUUGUCAAAAUGUUCCCUCUUUGCUGGUAUUCAGUUUCAAAAACUAAAACAUUGCUGUCAUUGCUGUUACUUAAUGUCCAGACUAUAGUUUAGAAUUACUCUAUUAAAACCCCCUUUCCACCAACGUGAACCCAGUGAUUAUAAACAGACUCCGAACCAGCUCUCAAACCUCCUGUGGUGGACUGGGGGGUAUUAACAGAUGUCUUGAGUGUCGGAGAAUCAAGUAUUCUAGCAGCCGUAACGUCAGAAGUUCUUCCUUUAAAACUGAACCAGUCAACAACAAAGUGUUUGAUAGAGAGCGAUCGCAAAAACAUGAAAAUAUAUCCGUAGAACUAAUCUCUAUCACCAGCCUGGAUAGACUUUACUGUGAAUAGAAAAAUUGUCAAUGUCUCAAAUGUCUUCAGAGCCAAACUUCAACUGCAAUAUACUGAAACAUUUGAAUUAAAUUUCAUGCACAAUCAUAUAACGGCAAGUUUUCUAUUUAGCUCAGUGUUUGUCCUCAUGACAACAUGAAACAUGAUGCAGUUUAUGGGCAUUCAGUGGGGGCAGUAGAUCAGGAUAUAAAGUAAACAAUCAACUGCAGUCAGAGAUAAAACAAUGGAGCAUGUUGGCAAUUACGUAGGUAUGUUAAAUAGUUACUUUAUGUCUUGCAAAAACAUUUCAUUUAAUUUUUGCUUGAAAUUCUGACCUUUAACAACAAUAAACAGAAAUAUAUCAGUUGAAGCGUUUCUAUUACUGUAAGUUGCUAUUGUUUGUGGACCUAGCUAGCUAGUUACGUAGGAAGAUGAUGCAUUGAACUAAAUGCAAACCUCUGAUUGGUCGAUUAUUUCUAGAUAAACUGCAUGCAAACAACCAUCAGUGGGCACUACGCCUUGCUGAACAGAUCAGAGAUGUGGGCGGGGAUUCUGGGAUCUAAAACCAGGCUCAAGAUAUUGAGUCACGAUCUGCCCCCUAGUGGAUGUACUGUUAAAUCCCACAUGAACACACAAGUCCAGCUGCUUGUCAAUGCAUAUACACAUUGCUAAAGUAAUAAAUAAUAAAGUAAAUAACGUGUGUGAUAUUGAAUGUAAAUGUAUCUCUACCAGCGGUAUGAACUGUAAAAACUCUUCCUUUCUGUGGAAGUUUGUCGGGCUUUGUUCUGUACAACCCGCAGCUUCCUCACAGCUUUCUGGCAGCUUCUACACAACCAAAACAUGUCCCUUUGCCAAAGACAGAAGUCGUUCCACCUCCUGUUUCCUGAAUUCAAAAUGUCUUAAUCUAAAUAAAAAACCUGGACGUUAUCAGAGCCAGCGUCCUGCAAGUCGCCAUAUGGACGGUUUCAUUCCGGCAGCUGACGCCUCAUCAAAGUUAACCUCCCCACUGAAUGUAUUAAUAUCAAUAUCCUCCUUCUGAUACAAAGCGGUGACAUUUUUGGGAGGAUUUAAUCAUCUCUACUUUUUCAACAGUUGCCACAAGGCCACGUUUUGUUUCCAAAAGGGGGUACAGGAGGCGUUUUUGGAACGAGAUCCUUCAUAUCUGGUGGAGCUGCAGCUGUGAUCUGUAAUAACAGAUGGUUAUCAGUAUUUCCUCUGAUCUGAGCUCAGUGUUGGAAGGAAAAAUCCCUCCAGUUGGAGGCAGAAACCUGCUGCCAUCGUCUGGUCUGAGCAGCUGUGCCGAGUACGUCGCUGCCGCUGCUUUUAUUCGAGGCUUGAAGGUCAGUGCGUACUUUCAGAGAGAGGACGGGUUUGUUUGUUUGUUUCCUCAGAAUAUUGAACAGAUAUCAGUUGACUGGUUUGUGGAGAGGAGUCCGGUCUGGUGUGUUUGGAUGCAGAUCAGUUCCUCUUGUUGUGAACGAUGGAGAACUGAACCGAAUGAAAGAGACAAACUGUUUUUGUUCUGCUGAGCAGGAUGUUGCAGCUGUGUUUGUGUGCAGUCGUGAAUGUUUGAGAUGGUUCGGUAUGUUAAAAAGUUGUCGAGUGCAGGUCGGCGAAGUGAGCUUUGUUUGAAAUCACCAACAUGAGCCUAAGAAGUUCGAACUUUGGCUGGUAAUUUGUCUUUUUCAGGAGUCAGUGUGACGGCGAAGCAGCUUUUGAGCCCAUUUCCAACCCGGUAUCAAGACUAGGUACUGUCACUGUGUACGGAAAGUUCAAACAAAUUUGAAGUCAAGACUCGAACAAACAAUCUCAAAACACAAAAAUUACCAGUUGGGGAUUAAUGAUCUUAGAGGAUAAAAUGUUUGCCCUUAGCACACUAAUGGGCCACAUGUCCUUACAUAAUAAUCAAUAAGGCCAUAGGUCAAGCUGAUGGUGUAGCGCCCGUUGCUGGAUCACAUGGCAAACUACUCGGGAUGCACAAAAUGGAUUUCUUUCCAUCCAAUACGAUUUCAAUAAUUACCUGCUUCUCAUGGCCGAUACCGAUAAGAUAAUCAAUAAU